AUGGUUGAUUUUCCUUAUUCUAGUGCUCCUUUACGUACUAUUAAAGAAGUUCAAUUUGGAUUGUUUUCGCCUGAGGAAGUUCGGGCCAUCUCGGUUGCUAAGAUCGAGUUUCCGGAAACUAUGGACGAGACUCAAAUGCGAGCUAAAAUAGGUGGGUUAAACGAUCCUAGAUUAGGUUCUAUUGAUCGUAAUUAUAAAUGUCAGACAUGUGGUGAAGGUAUGAAUGACUGUCCAGGACAUUUUGGACAUAUUGAACUCGCCAAACCUGUUUUCCACAUUGGUUUUAUAUCAAAAAUUAAAAAAGUUUGUGAAUGUGUCUGUAUGCAUUGUGGUAAAUUAUUAUUGGACGAAUACAACGAACUAAUGAGACAGGCAAUUAAAAUCAAAGAUCCUAAAAGGAGGUUUAAUGCCGUGUGGUCGUUGUGUAAGGCAAAAAUGAUUUGUGAUACGGAGGUACCAUCUGAAGAUGAUCCAAGUAAGUUCAUCUCAAGAGGUGGCUGUGGAAAUGUCCAACCCAGCAUCCGUAAGGAUGGUUUAUCUUUGGUUGGUACAUGGAAGAAGGAUAAAAAUUCUGAAGACGGUGAUCAGCCUGAAAAGCGUAUAAUCUCCGCUGAAGAAAUCUUAAAUGUUUUCAAACAUAUGAGUCCUGAAGACUCUUGGAGGUUAGGUUUCAAUGAGGACUUCGCGCGUCCCGAGUGGAUGAUAUUAACUGUAUUACCAGUCCCACCUCCACCAGUACGUCCUUCUAUUUCUUUCAACGAAUCGCAAAGAGGUGAAGAUGACUUGACAUACAAACUAGGUGAUAUCUUAAAAUCGAAUAUCAAUGUCCAGAGAUUGGAGAUCAAUGGUUCUCCUCAGCACGUCAUACAAGAGUCAGAGUCAUUGCUUCAGUUCCACGUGGCCACGUAUAUGGAUAAUGAUAUUGCUGGCCAGCCGCAGGCUGUUCAAAAAUCUGGUCGUCCAAUUAAAUCUAUACGUGCUCGUUUAAAGGGCAAGGAAGGUCGUAUUAGAGGUAACCUGAUGGGUAAGCGUGUAGAUUUUUCUGCUCGUACUGUUAUUUCAGGUGACCCUAACUUAGAUCUGGAUCAAGUUGGUGUUCCUAAGUCCAUUGCAAAAACUUUAACAUACCCUGAAAUGGUCACACCUUACAACAUCGAUAGGUUGACACAGCUAGUACGUAAUGGUCCAAAUGAACAUCCUGGAGCGAAAUAUGUUAUCCGUGAUAACGGUGACCGUAUCGACUUGAGAUAUAGCAAGCGGGCUGGUGAUAUUCAAUUGCAAUAUGGUUGGAAAGUUGAGCGUCAUAUUAUGGAUAAUGACCCAGUUUUAUUCAAUCGUCAACCAUCCCUACACAAAAUGUCUAUGAUGGCUCAUAGAGUCAAAGUUAUGCCCUAUUCCACCUUUAGAUUAAACUUGUCAGUCACUUCACCAUAUAACGCCGAUUUCGAUGGUGACGAAAUGAAUUUGCACGUUCCUCAAUCGGAAGAAACAAGAGCAGAACUAUCCCAACUUUGUGCAGUGCCUCAACAGAUUGUUUCGCCGCAAUCGAAUAAGCCAUGUAUGGGUAUCGUGCAAGAUACGUUGUGUGGUAUUCGAAAGAUGACACUAAGGGACACAUUUAUUGAAUUAGAUCAGGUGCUUAACAUGCUAUACUGGAUUCCUGACUGGGAUGGUGUCAUACCUAUUCCAACAAUCUUAAAACCUAAACCUUUAUGGUCUGGUAAACAAUUGUUGUCAAUGGCUAUUCCUUCCGGUAUUCAUUUACAAAGAUUUGACGAAGGUACUACCUUUUUAUCUCCUAAAGAUAAUGGUAUGUUAAUAGUAGAUGGUAAUAUCAUAUUUGGUGUGGUUGAUAAAAAGACAGUUGGUUCAUCAAGUGGUGGUCUUAUCCAUGUUGCGACUAGAGAAAAGGGCCCAGAAGUAUGUGCUAAACUUUUUAGUAGCAUCCAGAAGGUUGUGAAUUAUUGGUUACUGCAUAAUGGCUUUUCUAUUGGUAUUGGUGAUACUAUCGCUGAUGAAAAGACUAUGAGGGAAAUUACCGAGGCAAUUGCUAUUGCAAAGGGCAAGGUAGAGGAAGUCACUAAGGAGGCACAAGCCAAUAUGCUGACCGCCAAACAUGGUAUGACUCUACGUGAAUCUUUCGAGGACAAUGUUGUUCGUUAUCUUAACGAAGCCAGAGAUAAAGCAGGUAGAUCUGCGGAAGUCAAUCUAAAGGACUUAAAUAAUGUGAAGCAAAUGGUAAGCGCUGGUUCCAAGGGUUCUUUUAUCAAUAUUGCACAAAUGUCUGCAUGUGUGGGACAACAGUCGGUUGAAGGUAAGCGUAUUGCAUUUGGCUUUGCAGACCGUACACUACCCCACUUUUCUAGAGAUGAUUACUCUCCUGAGUCAAAGGGAUUUGUUGAAAACUCCUAUUUGAGAGGGUUGACCCCUCAGGAGUUCUUCUUUCACGCUAUGGGUGGUCGUGAAGGUUUGAUUGAUACCGCUGUCAAGACCGCUGAAACUGGUUAUAUUCAACGUCGUUUGGUCAAAGCCUUAGAAGAUAUUAUGGUUCAUUACGAUGGUACCACUAGAAACUCGUUAGGUAAUAUUAUCCAAUUCGUGUACGGUGAAGAUGGUAUGGAUGCCUCUCAUAUAGAAAAGCAAUCUAUUGAUACCAUUCCUGGUAAUGAUCUUGCAUUUGAAAGGCGGUACAGGAUUGAUUUACUAAAACCCGAAUAUACUCUAGAUCCCUCCUUAUUGGAAUCUGGAACCGAAAUCAUGGGUGACUUAAAACUUCAAAAUUUGUUGGAUGAAGAAUAUAAGCAAUUGGUUAUGGAUCGUGCGUUCUUGAGAAAGAUUUUUGUUGAAGGUGAUCAUAAUUGGCCAUUGCCAGUGAAUAUAAGACGUGUAAUCCAAAACGCUCAACAAACCUUCCAUAUUGAUGCAACAAAACCUACCGACUUAACCAUAAAAGAUGUCAUUCUAGGCGUUAGGAAUUUGCAGGAGAAGCUUCUAGUCUUGCGCGGGAAGUCUAAAAUUUUACAGGAGGCACAGGAGAAUGCCGUCACGCUUUUCUGCUGUUUAUUACGUUCUCGUUUAGCUGCCAGAAGGGUUAUAACUGAAUAUAGACUGACGAAGCAGACGUUCAAUUGGGUAUUAAAUAACAUUGAAGCUCAAUUUUUGAGGUCCAUUGUUCAUCCUGGUGAAAUGGUUGGUGUGUUGGCAGCACAGUCCAUUGGUGAACCUGCAACACAGAUGACGUUGAAUACUUUCCAUUUUGCUGGUGUUGCUUCUAAAAAAGUCACUUCGGGUGUUCCCCGUUUAAAAGAAAUUUUAAACGUCGCAAAAAAUAUGAAGACGCCUUCUUUGACGGUCUAUCUUGAAAAAGAUUAUGCUUCUGAUCAAGAAAAAGCCAAGUUGAUAAGAUCUGCUAUAGAGCACACAACUCUGAAGAGUGUUACUGUUGCUUCAGAAAUCUAUUAUGAUCCUGAUCCAAGUUCUACUGUUAUUGAGGAAGAUGAAGAAAUUAUUCAGUUACACUUCUCCUUGAUGGAUGAAGAAACUGAGAACUCUUUCAAACAUCAGUCCCCAUGGCUUUUAAGGCUUGAAUUGGAUCGUGCUGCUAUGAACGAUAAAGAUCUAACCAUGGGACAGGUUGGUGAAAAGAUUAAAGAGACCUUCAAGAAUGAUUUAUUUGUUAUCUGGUCGGAAGACAAUGCGGAAAAGUUGAUUGUUCGUUGUCGUGUCGUGCGUGAUCCAAAAACUCUUGAUGCUGAGGCAGAAGCGGAAGAGGAUCACAUGUUGAAGAAGAUUGAGAACACGAUGUUAGAAAGUAUUACAUUACGUGGUGUUCAGGACAUUACUCGUGUGGUGAUGAUGAAGUAUGACCGCAAAGUCGUUAAUGAACUUGGUGAAUAUCACAAAGUUCCGGAGUGGGUUCUAGAGACAGACGGUGUAAACCUUUCUGAGGUUAUGUCCGUUCCGGGUGUUGAUGCUACUCGUAUUUAUACUAACUCCUUCAUUGAUAUUAUGAACGUUUUAGGAAUUGAAGCUGGUCGUGCAGCUUUAUACAGAGAAGUUUACAAUGUUAUUGCAUCAGAUGGUUCGUAUGUCAAUUACCGUCAUAUGGCGCUUUUGGUUGAUGUGAUGACAUCUCAAGGUUUCUUGAUGUCUGUCACACGUCAUGGGUUCAAUAGAGCAGAUACCGGAGCACUAAUGAGGUGUUCUUUUGAAGAGACAGUUGAAAUUUUGUUUGAAGCAGGUGCAGCCGCUGAACUAGACGACUGUAACGGUGUGUCUGAGAACGUUAUUCUUGGACAAAUGGCACCAAUUGGUACAGGUGCCUUUGACGUUAUGAUCGAUGACGAAUCUUUGAUUAAGUAUAUGCCAGAGCAAAAGAUAUCUGCUAUAAAUGGCAAGGAUGGUGGUUCAACUCCAUCGAGUAGUGAUGCUGGAUUGGUUAAUGCUCAAGUGGAUAUAAAGGACGAGCUAAUGUUUUCUCCAUUGGUCGAAGCGGGAACAUCGGACGCAUUGUCUGGUGGGUUUACAGCUUAUGGCAACGCAGAAUAUGGUAGUGCUACUUCACCAUUCGGUGGGUAUGGUAAUACCCCCACAUCUCCUGGAUUUGGAGAAGUUUCUUCACCGGGAUUCUCUCCUACAUCACCAGCAUAUUCUCCUACAUCACCAUCCUAUUCUCCAACAUCGCCAUCGUACUCACCAACAUCGCCAUCUUAUUCUCCAACAUCGCCAUCGUACUCUCCAACAUCGCCAUCUUAUUCACCAGCUUCGCCUUCGUACUCACCUACUUCACCAUCGUACUCACCUACUUCACCAUCGUACUCACCUACUUCACCAUCGUAUUCUCCUACAUCUCCUUCCUAUUCUCCUACAUCUCCUUCCUAUUCUCCAUCUUCUCCAUCAUAUUCUCCUACGUCUCCAAGCUAUUCUCCUACAUCUCCAUCAUACUCUCCUACAUCUCCAUCAUACUCCCCUACGUCACCAAGCUAUUCUCCGACUUCCCCUUCAUAUUCACCAACGUCUCCAUCAUACUCACCAACAUCUCCAAGUUACUCGCCCACUUCGCCAUCAUAUUCUCCGACUUCUCCACAGUACAGUCCGCGGUCACCAUCAUAUUCUUCAACUUCAUCAAAUACUAACAACUCAAACAAUGAUCACAAGAAAGAUGAGAGUCACAGCUGA